UUAGAAAACAGUAACUGGAUCCGAAAAAGUAACAGAAUCAAAUAACUCCUGGCAUUUUCCUGCUUCGACCUGUGAUAUCUACGAAGUAGCCUGAUUUUUGCCAUGGUGUACUUGCUGGAUACUCAUUCGAUAGAAAUAAAUGGAAAAGAGUAUCUGGCUCUUGAGCCCGAUCAGGUUAUUUGCUAUGAGGGCUACGCUAAGCUGACAGUACUCGCUGGCUGCGUCAAAGUCAAUGGCUACCAGCUUUCAUGCGAGCAGAAAACCUCGUGCGUCCUGAAAAGUCCAUCGGGCUUCCCCUGCCAUGCAGUGCAUGCAGCAAAGAAGCCGCUCCUUUUUACCGAAGUCAAGCCGCCACUCGUAAGCCAGGGACAGAAGGAGGCGAAAGACAUCGCCAAGCGCUCGGCUCUGCAGCUGGAAGAUCGCCGGACGCUGAUACAGUUCCUGCGCAGGCUGACCAAGGCGGAGGAAUCAAUCGUGUCGGUGCUGCAACUUGAAGAGCAUUGCGAUGAUGUGAAUCGUCUGCUCUCAGGAACAUGUGGUCUAGGAAACUUCUUUUCUCGGGACAGCAGGGGAGGACAGUCUGCACCCGGGUCAGAUGCAGACGGUACUGGCAGUGACCAGGUGGAUGGUGCUGUUAGAAGUGCCAGUUCAUCUGCAACUGCUGAUUCCCGUGCCGGUCACGACGGCGAAGACGAUGAGGAAGCAGCCGCGCCGCUUUCGAGCCGCCGCCUGUGGCCGGGUUUUGCCCUGUGUAGUCGGGCAUCUUGCAGUCGGUUCACCUUCCAUACUCCGUGGAAGCAAACAAUCAAGUCCAUCACUUCCCAUUCGGGCCCAACAUCAGCAAUGGUCUGUGGCGGUACGAACGUUGGAAAAUCGUCAUUUGGUCGCCUGCUUGUCAAUUCCUUAUUGAAUAGUCACGAACGCGUUGUGUUCAUCGAAACAGACGUGGGUCAAACUGAGCUCAGUCCACCGGCAAUGUUGUCCCUCCAUUGUCUUACACGACCAUUAAUAGGACCACCCUUUUGCCAUCAAGUUCCGGCAGAAAUGAGCAUAUUCUUUGGAGAUGUUUCGCCAGCCAAUCAGCCUGAUUUCUAUGUGCGCUGUGUGUGUCGUCUUGUUGACCGCUAUCUGGAGAAGUACUUCUGUCUGGGUGUCCCACUGGUGGUCAACACGCACGGUUGGGUCAGAGGGCUUGGUAUCACUCUGGUGCGAGAAGUGUAUCGUCUCGUGCGGCCUAGUCAUCUCGUCAUCUUCAAGCCUGGCGAGCAUUCCAAGGUCAUGCCUGCCAACUGGUUGGACGGAUUGUCGGACAACAUUGUUAUCAACGAGGCAGCCAGCAGCAGCAGUACGUCAACAUCCACCAGCAGUACCACCAGCAGUACCACCAGCAGCAGCUCAUCUCAUCAAGACUUUGCGUGCAGCAGUUCUCUAGAGACCAAGCUAGGUGAUGUAGCAACAGCGGCCGGCGCAGGUGCAGGAGAGGAAGAGGGCGAUGAAGAGGUGCCGAUGAUUGACCUCACUGUGAAUGAACGAAGCAGCCCUCCAGCUGCUAGUACGCAGGAGUGUCAGCUCUACUACAUUCAAGCUCAUGAAAGCUCAGACAAAACAAGAAGUAUACAGUCGAAAACACAUCGUCAUCUUGCCGUGGUAGCCGCACUUGCACACACUCUACAGCUGUCCCAUCAGUACGAACGUGAACUGUCAUCUCCGGUGCAGGUGCAUGCAGCACUGCUGCUUAGAUCCGUGCCGUGCAAGGAGAUUGCCUGGAAACAAGUGGCGGUUCACGUCAUGCAUGCCAGUGUCCCACGCAGUCAGAUACUCCAUGUCUUGAAUGGAAGUCUGGUAGCGCUUGCUCGAGUCGAGGAUAAGUCAGAGCUAAUUGAUGUCGGCGGUGAACAGUAUGUGUAUGCUCCCAGAUUUAUUUCUUCGAAUCCAGUUGCACAUUGCGUUGGUCUCGCUGUCAUACGUGCUAUAGAUCCAGAGAGGAAGCUGUUCCAAGUAUGCACAUCACUCACAGAUGAAGAAUUGCAGAGUGUGGAUCUUAUACUGAAAGGCCGUUUGGAGCUGGCGGAUUCGUUUCUUCAGGACUCCCAGCACAGUCGACAGUCCGUACCGUACAUGUCCAGUGACUUCUCGCAGAGCAUUACCGGUGCUGGCGCUAUGAAACACCGAAAGAACCUGAAGCGAAGAUGAGACCAUCGCUAGGGUGACUGACGACAAGAGUACAUAACCCCAAGAGUGUGCAACUCCAGCUAUGGGGUCUGCGACGGCAGAACUUCACAUCACGUGAUGAACCCGUACACAUGAUUUGCACUCUGUGCAUGAUAGAUACUGGGUUGUACGCAGCCCAGCUUUGGGUACAACUCUCUUGUGGUCACUUUGCACUGUUUGCCAGCAUAACCUUUUGAACCAUGUCACGUGAUGUGAAGUUCUGCCGUCGCAGCACAGCAUAGAGGUUGGGGUUAUGUACUCUUGCUGACGACCAUCACAGACACAUUGUGGUGAUAUUUUAGCGCUGGACUGACCAAGCCAAGCAUAUCUGCAAGGUCUGCAGUUGACCAUUGACCAGCAGAGCAAGCACACGGCCUGAGUGAGUAGGUAUUGGCUGUGUCGAGACUACCUCAAGUCGAUCGGUCGCCACAUGACUAGAACAGUACAACACACUGAGUGUCCAUUUCGUGCGUCGGGUUGACUACCUGACGAUGGCAACAUCCCCCACUGGCAAUCGGCUGCUAUCGCAUGCUGCAGGCAACGGAGUGCUGCAGUCUGAGCUGUCACCAAUCAGCUGGCCCAUGUGUUGAUCAAUUAUUGUGUUCUCUACGCUGGUCCGUUUCUUUAUAUUUUUAGACUAUAAAGUUGCACUGCCUCACGUGCUCAUCAUACUUCAGAAGUAUGUCAUGAAAUCCUUUCCGUUAUUCUUUUGGGUUCUUGAUUUUAAUUUUAUUGUUUCUACCAGCCUCCCAGUGGCCCCAUGGAUACUUGUGUAGAAUUCGACGCCAGUAUUGUCGCAAUAGUUUGUUUGGCAAUAGGUCCUCUCCCGACAGGCAACAGCCAAUCGUGAUGUAGUUAUUUUACCGGCUCAGUUUUGUGUUGUGUUUUCACGUUUUAUGACCAAAAGACAUGACAAUGACAGUACAAACAAAUGUACAGCAGA